UCUGCUGACGGCAACUCCCGAGCUGAGACUGUUGGUGACCGAGCCCUUGGAGCUGGGCAGGCUGCAGAAUGAUGCCUACGUCUCGCUCCAGCUCAUCCCAUCCUCCCAUGGGACAGGGGAGAGAAAUGGCUGCUGUGGAGCCAGCUCAGGGUUUCCAGUUUCCAAACCCUAUGUGAUCUCCCAGCUGGAAGGAGGGGAAGAGCCAUGGGUCCUGGAUCUCUCUGGUUCAGAGGAAAGUGAGAUCCUGAGAAGUCCCUGCACAGCAGGUGAUGCAAUGGAUUGUGAGAAAGAGGAGCAGAAUUCUCAGCAGGAAAAUGUUGAGCAAGUGGAUAAAUACAGAGUACUAUCGCAAAGACCAAAAAGGAAUGUGUCCAGGAGUCAUGAUCAGGGACAAUCCUGUGAGAUUCAGCACAAAUCAGAAAGAGAGCAGGGAAACCAUCCAGGGGAGAAAGUGGGUAACUUAAUUUCAUGUGAAGGAACUCAGAAGGACCUCAAGGAAACCACAGCCCAGCAGGAAAUCCUCAUGGGAAAGAGAAAAAAUACAUGCACUAAGUGUGGGAAAAACAUACAUGACUACUCAGCCCAUAUAAAGCAUCAGAGAAUCCACACUGGGGAGAGGCCCUAUGAAUGCAGUGAGUGUGGAAAAUGCUUCACUAAGAGCUCGUCCCUUUCUGAACAUCAGAGAAUCCACACAGGGGAGAGGCCGUAUGGAUGCCAUGAGUGUGGGAAAACCUUCACUCACAGAUCAGGCCUUUAUCGACAUCAGAGAAUCCACACAGGAGACAGGCCCUAA